CAGCCCUGGUUGGCUUUGUCAGGUCCGGCAACUCUGAAAAUAUGUCGCCACAGUUGUGAAAAAAUAGAAGUAAUUUUUGCAAAUUGUUGUAAAAUUAUUAAACAAAAUGUGAAACCAAAGUGUUAAGUGACACGAAAUAAACGUUAAGUGUUCGCGUAAUUCCGCUGUCAAUUGAAAUUUUCCUGCUCAGCGAAGGGCGCUCAAGUUUCGUGUGAUGAUGCUGAAAAAAAAUAGCGACGCCUUCAUAAAUUCCAAAAAAAAUAUUGUGUACAAAUGUUCAAAAAGUGUAAUUGCCAUGCGACAGCAAUGUCGUGUAAUGUUAAUAAAGUAAAGAAAGUAAAGCGGAGCAGGCAUAUUAUUUGGCGGAACAUAUUGGGCAUUUGAGUUGUCAGAGCGCUCUAAUCAAUACCCGUUCCCCCACUCCAACUUCUGUCUUGCAGAACUGGAGGACGACUUCAAGGUGCAGCUUCCGCUCCUGGUGGCUAAGAAAAAAAGGCGGGCAGCUCUCGCAAGCAGAACUACGACCACCUAGAGGUGAGCUUCACCAGGAGCAACCGAGGCAACAACUUGCUGACCAUCGAUGGAAAACCCUUCACCCUCAACCGCCGGAUUAAGGAUGUCUGCUACUGGGAGUGCGUCAAGCUGCGCUGCAACUUGCUAUCAACUGGUGGUCAAUCGCCGAGGCGGCAAGAAUCUGAUUUACAAGGGGCACAUGUACUCCGUGGAGCGGAAGAACCGAAACAGCAUCAAUUGGGUGUGUUCCAAGAACAGCAACCUUGCGCUCCGCUGCCCGGCGAGAUGUGUCACCAAUCAAAAAAGUACCACUGAAAUUAAGCUAAGCGACCGACACCACAACCAUCCGACGGACUGCUAUAAACUGCACAAGCGUCCAAGUCGAAAGGGGUACAGCAAACGAAGGAGCAGCUCAAUCCAGAAUUACCAGCAGGAACAGCUGUCGCACAUCACAAAAUCCGAACUUGCCAAUUGUCGAAAUGUCCAUAGACAGCCCGGAUUUAGGAUCAUCAAUGGCUAUCGCUUCGUGAUCGGUACUUCGAAUCAGCGUCGGACCUACUUGAAGUGCGCCAACUUCCGCAGCAACUGCCGGGCACGGGCCAUCGUGAAUAAGGACACAAACCAAGUGCGGAUGCGACAUGAGGGACACAAUCGCAGCUGCAAAGACUCAGUGGGCAGACGUAGCGCUAAGAAGUAGCAGACAGUUCAAAAUUAGCCCAGUAUGUGCGCUCAAAUCGAGGUACCGAUCUCGUUUACCAUGAAGGAAACACCUACACACCCAAUGAAAAGUUGAGGGAAGGUCAAAAAAGUCG